CAGACCCGUUGACAGCGGAGGCCCCGCGCGGGGCGACUCCACCGGGUGUCACAUUCGCAGCGAGUUCAGGGCGGACGGCGCUCCCCUGGAGAGAGACUCCUGCAGGAGGAGGGGAAGGGCAGAGUCUGGGGGCCGCUUCCGCCGGCCGGGGAGGAGAGAGGAGGGGCGGGCUGAUCACGAGAGGCCGGGGCGGGCCGCUGGCGACCGACAGCCCCAGAAGAAGGGAGGGAACGGGGCAGCGAGCGCUGGAGAGCAGCAUGGAGCCCUUGGCCGACAGGCUCGCGACCGCGGCUGCACGGGGUCGGGCCGAAGAGGUGCGGGCGCUGCUCGCGGCGGGGGCGCAGCCCAAUGCGCCGAACCGCCUGGGUCGGAGCCCGAUUCAGGUCAUGAUGAUGGGCAGCGCCCGCGUGGCCGAGCUGCUGCUGCUCCACGGCGCGGACCCCAACUGCGCGGAUCCCGCCACCCUCACCCGACCUGUGCACGACGCCGCCCGGGAGGGGUUCCUGGACACGCUGGUGGUGCUGCACCGAGCCGGGGCGCGGCUGGAUGUGCGCGAUGCCUGGGGCCGCCUGCCCGUGGCCCUGGCUGAGGAGCGGGGCCACCGCGACACAGUCCGGUACCUUCGCGCAGCCACGGGGGGCACUGGCAGUGGUAGCCACACCGGUACAGACGGUGCAGAAGGUGUCGCAGACAGCCGGACUUAAAGAAUCAUUGAGAUCUGAAGACACCUCAAUAUGGUUUUGAUCUUCCGUCACCCAAGAGAAAUAACCCCAUCCCACCCAACUCUUCCCUGCUUUCUUAGUUGCCAUAUAUCAAAUAGCGCUUUUUAAAUCUGCCUUCCCCUUCCCCUAAAUUUACAUUUGUAUUUCCAUUUAUACAUUGUUAUAAAAGCUAAAAAGCAACAC